AUCCACACGACACCCCAAGCUUACCUUACCAGGUAAACUAGAAUAAAGAAUUAAUUCAGUUCUUACCCCCGAGGUGCAUGGUGCUUUUGUUCUUAGAAGUGACAUAGAGAAUAUAAAUAUUAUAAGCCAUGGCACCACCAGAAGAACGGUCUGCGCGGAUACGAGUAAUGAGAGAUAAGAAGUCUCGAGCUUUGGAAAUGUUUGGCGGUUACCUAGACACUUCCGUACGCAUUAUCGGUGUGGUAUUCCUGGCGGAGCUCAUUCGGCGCCUGGCUCUCAGCGUAAUUGAGUAUUUUCAGUUCUCGCGCUACUAUUUGCCAGAGGAUCGUCUGUGGGUUAUACUGAGACGAUCGUUUAUAUACAAUAAAAGCAGCACCUUCAUAUUUCUGGGCUUCGUUGUCCUAGGAUUCAUUCGAUUUGCUGCAACGGGAAAUUACAAAUCGCUAAUGCCCACGGCCAUGUACUUGGCCCAAAUGCCGCUGUACUGGCUGCUAUUCAGCAGUCUUGGAGGCAGUACACUAUCCUAUUCCCACUGGAUAAGGGAACCACAUGGACUCGAUUAUGCUUCGGGAAUGGCGUCGAAUUACUUUCACGGCUAUUUGAACCUUUCGCUGCCCGAACGACAGGGCGAAGGCCUUCAACACCGCAUGGCAGUCUAUGAAGAAACACAUAACAUCACGUUUGGACUGCACCGACUGAUCAUUCUCAUUCCAGACGAAAUGUUUGUAAAUGGCAUCAUCGAAAGCGAUUUACUGGAGAAAGUCGAACCAUUGGAAACAGUACACAUAAAACGGGCUGGUGUCGAUCGUCCUUAUAAACAUGCUGUCUACAAACUGAAACGCAAGAUCGAUGGAAAAAUCUAUUACUUUGCUAUCGAGGGUGCCACACCAAUGUUAUCCUUCUUCGAUUCGAUGCAGUCGCAUCUUUCGGCAACCUGGCAAAUGCAUGAAAUGAAACGUGAGAUCUGGUUGAAGUUCUACAAGCAUUUAAAAGAUCUUUUGCAAACUUGGCCUGAGACACGCAACUUAGUGGAGCCAAUCAUCUAUAAUUCACACCAUACCAAUGGUAAUCUAAUCGACGUUGGCGAAUUGAUAAUUGCACACAUGGAGAACAAAAAAAAUAAGUAUGCCUAGACUAGUCAUAGUUUGCAAUCAACUGUCAAAACAAGUCGAAUAAGUU